GUACCGGUGAGUCGGGCAAGUCCACCUUCAUCAAGCAGAUGAGAAUCAUCCACGGCUCCGGGUACUCGGACGACGACAAGCGGGGCUUCAUCAAGCUGGUGUACCAGAACAUCUUCAUGGCCAUGCAGUCCAUGAUCCGCGCCAUGGACCUCCUCAAGAUCCAGUACGCGGAGUCCUCGAAUAUCGAAAAGGCAGAGCUCGUCCGAGGCGUGGACUUCGAGACCGUGACGACGUUCGAGAGCCCCUUCGUCGAGGCCAUCAAGGACCUCUGGGCGGACGCGGGGAUCCAGGAAUGCUACGACCGCCGUCGAGAGUACCAGCUCACGGAUUCCGCCAAAUACUACCUGAUGGAGAUAGACCGGGUGGCGGCCCCCGACUACCUCCCCACAGAACAGGACAUUCUUCGCGUGAGAGUGCCGACCACUGGUAUAAUCGAGUAUCCCUUUGACUUGGAAGAGAUCCGGUUUAGUUAUCUUAGUGACCUAGAACGUAUCGAAAAGUCCGACUUCCUCCCCACCGAGCAAGACAUUCUUCGGGCUCGAGCUCCCACAACCGGAAUUAUAGAAUACCCGUUUGACCUGGACUCCAUCAUCUUUAGGAUGGUAGACGUCGGCGGACAAAGAUCUGAAAGAAGAAAAUGGAUCCAUUGUUUCGAGAACGUCACUUCCAUUAUAUUUUUAGUAGCUUUAAGUGAAUACGAUCAAAUUCUGUUUGAAUCAGAGAAUGAGAAUCGGAUGGAAGAAAGUAAGGCGCUCUUCAAGACGAUCAUAACAUAUCCCUGGUUUCAACACUCCUCCGUUAUUCUGUUCCUAAAUAAGAAAGACCUGCUGGAGGAGAAAAUUAUGUACUCCCAUCUGGUCGACUACUUCCCCGAAUACGCCGGCCCACAGAGGGAUGCCUUAACAGCUAGAGAAUUCAUUCUGAGGAUGUUCGUUGACUUGAAUCCGGAUUCCGAGAAGAUUAUUUAUUCCCACUUCACGUGUGCCACAGACACGGAGAACAUCAGAUUCGUGUUCGCGGCUGUGAAGGACACGAUUCUGCAGUCCAACCUAAGGGAGUACAACCUGGUGUAGAGAAGAUCUCUUCCGCAAGGGCAACGAUGGAUGCGGCCGCUCCCGGUGGAGACCUUCCUCGAGGGGAUCGCCGGGACGAAGCAACGGCCGAGCUUCCGCACGAGGUUGGAGGAGAAGAAGGAGAAGAAGGAUCUUCGGGGUCCCAGGGAUUUCUUUCGACGAGGAGGAGGAGGCGGUUGGCACGCCUGCUCCCGAGUCGCGCGAGUGUACCAACCUUAGCUAGAAUAAUUACCCAAUUACGGGGGAAAGAUUUUUCCGGCGAGAAAACGAGCAAGGACCUAAAAUAUCCGAGCGUCCCGCGUUCUUUCCUACCCUCUUCACCGGCUCGAUAUAUGUGCAUAUAUAUACACACACACAUAUAUAUACAUAUAUGCAUAUACAUGUUUGUGUAUAUACAUAUAGGAUACACAACGUCCGAUUUAGUUUCGUACUCUUUGUUGAAUUUGUUACCUUUUUAUAUAGCUCAGCUUAGGGUCGAUCGAGCUCGGCCGACCGCGACGCCCGAUUUUUUUACUAUACGACGCGACGAGGGGGAGACGCGAAGAAAAUGAAAACGGAUAAACAAAAAAAAAAUUAUUAAGUACGUCGAGGAAUUAACCAGUUAGCUGUGGUGCCCCCUUUUGCGAGCGAGUACCUAUAUGGAUAUGUUUUGUUUAUCUCAGAAAUUUAAAUUUAAAUACCCAAUGGUCCCUACUUUAUACGCAUGACGAGUAACUCGUCAAUCACAGAGUAGAUGUCGCUGUUAAGAUACUGGAUCAAAAGGAUGGGUUUAUUUUCUAAAAUUCACACUUUUAUUACUAAUGUAUAUUUAUUUGGCCAACUUAAACAUAUAUUACGUACUUAUUGGACGAAAAACCCAAGAGAAAUUAAAUGCAUAUGAUGGCAAGAAUUUAAAUUCCUACCGUGGCGUGGUAUUCGGCAAAACAGGGUGUUACACAUAAUGGGACUUUGCAAAGGGAAAAUACGAUGCAAUAGUGUCCUCAAGAAAUUCCAGCAAAAAAUUCACUCGCGAUAACGUUGCAUUAUUUUUCUUGUAUAAUAUAUAUGAAUUCAAAGAACUAAUAUCUAAUAGAUGGCAAGCUGUUUCAGCCGGUGCACACGGGGCGCAUGAGUUUACCUCAAAUUAUUUAUAUUUUUUAUUCCGUUGUUUUAUUCCGGCCUGGCCUCAAAAUAUUCCAAACAUCUUGAAAUUUGAGAAUAUGUUUUGUUUAUCUCAAAAAUUAAAUUUUAAAUAGCCAAUGGUCCCUACUUUAUACGCAUGACGAGUAUACUCGUCGAUACACAAAAUCGUGCCACUUCUCCAUGACGAGUAUACUCGUCAAUCACAGUUAACUGGUUAAGGAAUUAAGGAAUACCACGAACGACGAAGAGAAACGAUCGCCCUAUGCGCGAAAGUCAAGCCGAGAGAUCUCAGCGAGGUGUGUACGCGUGUGAGUAGAUUUGUGCGAGUAUGAGUGAGGAGAGAGAGCGAGAAAGAGAGGGUGCAAGAGCAGGGGGUCGGUUUAGUACCACGCGUCUCCACCAGGCGCGAAGCGAGCGCUCUCGUCGAGGAUACGGAAUCGACCCCCUAGGGGUCUGCUUCUAGGAGAAGAGGACGAGCGCGAUCCGACCUCUUCCUCUCCAAGGUCCUUUGUCCUUAUUUCGUCCUGCGAUCCGCAGACCUGCGUCCUGUCCGCAAAUUGUCACGAUGCGGAUAUUUCAAAUGAGAAAUAGGAGUCGAAUACGGUGGCAUCGUGGAACGAAACAUCCUCUCCCUUUCCAGAAAACGAAGCCAUUUUGUGCGACGGAUUUCCGCUUCAAAAUGUCACUAGCUUUUUCUUUUUUUUUUUUUUCCAAAGUGAAGGCGCUGCCCUUUUAUUUUCCUGCCGGGUAUUCUUUGAUUCCAACGAUCUUGAUUUUUUGUCGAGCAUGUAAUGGAGAUACACUCUGGCAUCGUGAAACGAAACAUCCUCUCCCUUUUCAGAAAACGAAGCCAUUUCGUGCGACGGAUGUCCGCUUCAAAAUGUCACUAGCUUUUUCUUUUUUUUUUUUCUUCCAAAGUUUGGACGCUGCCCUUUUAUUUUCCUGCCGGGUAUUCUUUGAUUCCAACGAUCUUGAUUUUUUGUCGAGCAUGUAAUCGAGAUACACUCUUUUUAGAGUGUAUCUCGUCGCAAAAGAAAGGCUGAUUCUUGUCCCUUUCCCGUUCCCCGAGAUGGAUAUGGAGGAUCGACUCGUCCCCAGGUUACCGGGAAGUGGCAUCGCUUGUAUCUACCUUAGGGCGCACCCCGACCGACGCGAGUGCUUCCUGGAGGACGCGGACAGGCCGCGGAAUCGACGGCGAGGCCCUCGCGGCCGCCGGGGUGCGGACGAACCGCUCACUGCCCGCGCUGCCCGCUUCCCGCACUCUCCGGUCGUCCUCGUCCUCGAGAACCGACUCGCGAGGGAGAAAGUCGUCGUUCUUGGAAACCGACCCGCUAAGGAUGAGGGCACGUAAAAUUAGAAGUCGACCUCGAAAAUCGCUCGCGACUGGUAAGGGCGUCGCUUGUACACGAAUCUUCGAUCAUCGACUCGUAAGCGAUAAGGACGUCACUUGUACGUACAUUUUUAGCCCCGUCCAAGGAAACCGACGCGUGAGUCGUAAGGACGGCAUUUAUACAUCAAUUCUUAGACAUCGUUCUCGAAAAAUCGACCCGCGAUAAGGACGUCGACUUAUACGUUAAUCGGACCCUCGAGGCGCCCCUUAGAUCGAACCGAAAUCUGAAGGUGGCGCCACUCGGCGGGAGGAAUUGAAGUUAUGGACUUUACCGACUUAGCGGCGUUCACCACCAAAGCGGGUACGGACUUCCACCGCUAGAUGGCGUUAGCAUCGAAUCCGGUGGGAGGUAACCCAAACGUACUUUCUCGCUCGGAUGAGGGAGA